GGGCGCCCGCGGCCGCCGGGGCAGCUGAGGUGCGGGGCGGCCGCCGGCGCCUUUGUGAGCGGCGCGGACAACAAAGGCGCGGCCGAGCGGCCGGAGCCGAGGUCAAGUGCAAGGAACUCACCUCUUCAUGCCAGGCACUGAGCUGAGCACUCUGGGAGGAUUAGCUCACUGAGUCCUCGCGGUUCCCGAGACUCAGAGAGGUUAAGCAACUUGCCUGAGGUCACGCAGCAUAACACGGCAUCCAGGCUUCUGCUGGUUUCUUGAGUGAAACAACCAGGGUCUCAAAGGUGGAAGCAGGUGGCAAGUAACCUCUGCGAGGGGCUCACAGGAGGCUCCAGUGGACCGUCACCACCUGCAGGCGAGCGCUGGGACGGUGCCGGUGAGCUGCACCCUGUCUGAUGGCUUCCUCCCAUCCUCCACAGGCUGCCAUAGGAGAUCCGCUGCUUCCUGGAGGCCCAGGCCCCUCCCCCGAGGCAGAGGACGACCCUGGCGAGGCCUUUGAGUUUGAUGACAGUGACGAUGAUGACGAGGACACCAGUGCUGGCCUGGGCGUCCCAGGCGCUGCUCCAGAGAAGGAGGCGGAAGACGCCCCACUGAUCCACUUGGACUCCGCCCCCGUCGCUGACCCAGACCCAGCGGCUGCACCACCCCAGACACAGGAGCCGGCCGUGGUGAGCAAUGGGGAUGCCGUGGACACAGCUUUCUCUGGGGUCCGGCGCUCCAGCUGGAGACGGAAGAGCUCCCGUCGCAUCGACCGGUUUACUUUCCCCGCCCUGGAAGAAGAUGUGAUUUACGACGACGUCCCCUGCGAGAACCUGGACGCCCAUCAACCCGCAGGGGCAGAGAGGAAGCUGCUCUACGAGGAUGUGCGCCGGGACGGGGCACCCCGGGAGACGGAGGACCUAGGCUGGAGCUCCAGUGAGUUUGAGAGCUACAGCGAGGACUCCGGGGAGGAGGCCAAGCCGGAGGCGGAGCCCGCCAAGCACCGAGUGUCCUUCCAGCCCAAGAUGACCCAGCUCAUGAAGGCCGCCAAGAGCGGGACCAGGGACGGGCUGGAGAAGACGAGGAUCGCAGUCAUGCGCAAAGUGUCCUUUCUGCACAGGAAGGACGUCCUCGGUGACUCGGAGGAGGAGGACAUGGGGCUCCUGGAGGUCAGCGUUACGGACAUCAAGCCCCCAGCCCCGGAGCUGGGCCCCAUGCCAGACGGCCUGAGCCCACAGCAGGUGGUCCGGAGGCACAUCCUGGGCUCCAUCGUGCAGAGCGAAGGCAGCUAUGUGGAGUCUCUGAAACGGGUACUCCAGGAUUACCGCAACCCCCUGAUGGAGAUGGAGCCCAAGGCGCUGAGUGUCCGCAAGUGCCAGGUGGUGUUUUUUCGCGUGAAGGAGAUCCUGCACUGCCACUCCAUGUUCCAGAUCGCCCUGUCCUCCCGCGUGGCCGAGUGGGACUCCACCGAGAAGAUUGGGGACCUCUUCGUGGCUUCGUUCUCCAAGUCCGUGGUGCUAGACGUGUACAGCGACUACGUGAACAACUUUACCAACGCCAUGUCCAUCAUCAAGAAGGCCUGUCUCACCAAGCCCGCCUUCCUCGAGUUCCUCAAGCGGCGGCAGGUGUGUAGCCCCGACCGCGUCACGCUCUACGGGCUGAUGGUGAAGCCCAUCCAGAGGUUCCCGCAGUUCAUCCUCCUGCUUCAGGACAUGCUGAAGAACACCCCCAGGGGCCACCCGGACAGGCUCUCGCUGCAGCUGGCGCUCACGGAGCUGGAGACGCUGGCCGAGAAGCUGAACGAGCAGAAGCGGCUGGCCGACCAGGUGGCCGAGAUCCAGCAGCUGACCAAGAGCGUCAGUGACCGCAGCAGCCUCAACAAGCUUUUGACCUCAGGCCAGCGUCAGCUGCUCCUGUGUGAGACGCUGACGGAGACCGUGUACGGUGACCGCGGGCAGCUGAUCAAGUCCAAGGAGCGCAGGGUCUUCCUGCUCAGCGACAUGCUGGUCUGCGCCAACAUCAACUUCAAGGGCCAGCUGGAGAUCAGCAGCCUGGUGCCCCUGGGGCCCAAGUAUGUGGUGAAGUGGAACACGGCGCUGCCCCAGGUGCAGGUGAUGGAGGUGGGCCAGGAGGGCAGCUCCUAUGACAAGGACAACGUACUCAUCCAGCACGCCGGCGCCAAGAAGGCCUCGGCUGCGGGCCAGGCCCAGAAUAAGGUGUACCUCGGGCCCCCGCGCCUCUUCCAGGAGCUGCAGGACCUGCAGAAGGACCUGGCUGUGGUGGAGCAGAUCACCCUCCUUGUCAGCACGCUGCACGGCACCUACCAGAACCUGAACAUGACCGUGGCUCAAGACUGGUGCCUGGCCCUGCAGAGGCUUAUGCGGGUGAAGGAGGAGGAGAUCCACUCGGCCAACAAGUGCCGCCUCAGGCUCCUGCUUCCCGGGAAACCCGACAAGUCCGGCCGCCCCAUCAGCUUCAUGGUGGUCUUCAUCACCCCCAACCCCCUGAGCAAGAUCUCCUGGGUCAACAGGUUGCACUUGGCCAAGAUCGGACUCCGGGAGGAGAACCAGCCGGGCUGGCUGUGUCCGGACGAGGACAAGAAGAGCAAAGCCCCAUUCUGGUGCCCAAUCCUGGCCUGCUGCAUCCCCGCCUUCUCUUCCCGGGGCCUCAGCCUGCAGCUUGGGGCCCUGAUCCACAGCCCUGUCAGCUGUCCCCUGCUGGGCUUCUCGGCUGUCAGCACCUCCCUUCCACAGGGCUACCUCUGGGUCGGGGGCGGGCAGGAAGGUGCAGGGGGCCAGGUCGAGAUCUUUUCCCUGAACCGGCCCGCGCCCCGCACGGUCAAGUCCUUCCCGCUGGUGGCCCCUGUGCUCUGCAUGGAGUACAUUCCGGAGCCGGAGGAGGAGGAGAGCAGAGACGGAGACAAGAAGUGCUCGGCUGCUGACGCCUCGGCUGGAGUGCACCCCACCGUCUGCCUCGGACUCCAGGAUGGCAGCAUCCUGGUUUACAGCAGUGUGGACACGGGCACCCAGUGCCUGGCGACCUGCAGGAGCCCAGGCCUGCAGCCCGUGCUCUGCCUGCGACACAGCGCCUUCCACCUGUUUGCCGGCCUGCAGGAUGGGACCCUCGCCGCGUACCCCGGAACCAGCGGAGGCGUCCCCUGGGACCUGGAGAGCCCGCCUGUGUGCCUGACUGUGGGACCUGGGCCCGUCCGCACCCUGCUGAGCCUGGAGGACACCGUGUGGGCCAGCUGUGGGCCCCGGGUCACUGUCCUGGAUGCCACCAGCUUGCAGACUCAGCAAAGCUUCGAGGCACACCAGGACGCGGCCGUGAGUGUGACACACAUGGUCAAGGCGGGCAGCGGCGUCUGGAUGGCCUUCUCCUCCGGCUCCUCCAUCCGCCUCUUUCACACAGAGACGCUGGAGCAUCUGCAGGAGAUCAACAUCGCCACCAGGACCACCUUCCUGCUGCCAGGCCAGAAGCACCUGUGUGUCACCAGCCUCCUCAUCUGCCAGGGUCUGCUCUGGGUGGGCACUGACCAGGGUGUCAUUGUCCUGCUGCCUGUGCCUCGGCUGGAAGGCAUCCCUAAGAUCACAGGGAAAGGCAUGGUCUCGCUCAACGGUCACUGUGGGCCUGUGGCCUUUUUGGCCGUGGCCUCCAGCAUCUUGGCCCCCGAUAUCCUGCGGAGUGACCAGGAGGAGGCCGAGGGGCCGCAAGCCGAGGAGGACAAGCCAGACGGUCAGGCUCACGAGCCAGCACCCGUGCCUGCGAGCCACGUGGGCCGCGAGCUGACCCGCAAGAAGGGCAUCCUUCUGCAGUACCGCCUGCGUUCUACCGCCCACCUCCCGGGCCCGCUGCUCUCCGUGCGGGAGCCGGAGCCCAUGGACGGCUCAGCCCUGGAGCACAGUGAGGAGGACGGCUCCAUCUACGAGAUGGCUGAUGACCCCGACGUCUGGGUGCGCAGCCGGCCCUGUGCCCGGGACGCCCACCGCAAGGAGAUCUGCUCGGUGGCCAUCAUCUCCGGAGGGCAGGGCUACCGCAACUUCGGCGGCGCCCCGGGCGGCAGUGGGAAACCAGCCCUGUGUGGGGAGACGGACAGCGCCCUCCUCAUCUGGCAGGUGCCCUUGACGCUAUAGCCCCCCCCCCCAGGCCGCGCAGCCAAGCCAGGCUCUCGGCCUGCUGUGGACCCUCCCAGCGGUCCAGGGUCCCCAGGGAGCACUGGGUGGCAGUGCCUUCCAGGGACCUGCACGACGCCAUGCGGACAGGCCUGGAACUCUGGUAACUACCUGAGCAGGGCAGAGGAAAACCUCUUCCUUUUUAAGAAAAAAAAAAAAAAAUUCAGAGUGUUUAGGGGACUGGUUUGGGUUUGGGGAGAGGGAGGACACCUCUGGAGAAGAUGGCCUUCUUUUUAAAAGCAAAAAACACAAAACCUCACAAUUGCCUGGCAAGCCCAGUGCCUCUUGUCCAGGCCCGAGCGGGGCUCAGGGGCGGCCACGCACCCUUCCUGGAAGGGUGCGUGUGUGUGAGUGUAUGAGAGUGUGUGAGCCGGUGUGUGAAUAUAUAUAAAUACGUAUAUAUGGUGUAUAUUAUAUGUGUAUAAAGUCUGUACAUAUUGGAGCUCUGGGAGAUGCUGGAAUAAAAGGCAAGAAUAACGUCA